GAAAAUUCAAACUCUUCAAUCAUUUCAAGUUGGAAAGAAUGUGACUUUUAUUCAAAUUUAGCCAUGAAAGAAGUAAUUCAAUCACUAUAAAUAUAGGCCAAAAUGCAUUUCCGUAAACCAUCACGAACCCUAAACAGUUCCGGUUCCGAUUUAAAUGAGGUUCAUUCACUAGAUCGAUUUAUAGUGUUACACUUGCGAGUUGCGACAACUAUCUAAUUCUAUUAUUUUUCUUGAUGAAAUUAAUCAACGGUUUUUUGUACAGUUACAAUUCCUCCAAGUAGAGUGUAUAUGCAAGCUUGGCUAUGGAUUACAUGCAUUACGAAAGCUGCGUAACUGAUGAUCUUCCUCCAUCACGUCAGAAAAGAGUGCCAAGAAAAGUUGGCCGGCCCCCGAAGGCGGUGACCGCCGCUCGCAACACCAAUAAUAUGGAGGCCUUAAUUCAACAGGUUCAGCUAGAUGCUUACUUUUCCGUCUUAAAAGCCUUUAAAGCUCAAGCUGAUUCCCUUUCAUGGGAAAAAGAAAGUUUGAUAACCGAACUCAGAAAAGAGUUAGGAUUGUCUGAUGAAGAACACAGGGCACUCCUCCGCGGAGUCCAUUCAGAUGAUGUGAUCAGAAGAAUAAGGAAGUGGAGACAUUCUGUCCAUUCCGUCCAUUAUCCGGCGGCUACUCCGUCUUUAAAUCCGUUGAUUGGUCGGAAAGUGAGGACUAAAUGGCCGGAAGACAAGCAAUUUUAUGAAGCAUAUAUAGCUGAUUACAAACCAGAACAGGGGUUACAUGCUCUGGUUUAUGACAUUGGUACUUCAAUUGAGACUUGGGAAUGGGUUAAUAUUUCUGAGAUUCCUCCUCAAGAUAUUAUAUGGGAUUUUCCAACACAAUCACAGAACGGAUCAGAUGAUGUUAUUCAGUUACUUGACACGGAUUCUUUACUCCAAGAGGUUGAAAGGGUGUUGAUGAGACCUAAUCAUCAACCUCAUCCUCUGGAGAUUGAUCAUGCAAAGAUAAUUCUGCAGGAACAUGAAGAAGCGCUCACUUAUGCCAUUGCGAAGAUUGCAGAGUUUUCCGAUCACCGCGAAAGCGGAGGCGGAGGCGGAAGCGGAAGCGGAGGUGGCCAUUCUUUUCAGGGUAAAUCAUCAAUGGAAACAACUCAAUGUUCUUCUAUGGAGACAAUGGUUUAGCAGAUAUGUGUGACAGAAAAAAGGGGCAUUUCUGGUUUCAGCUUUUGCUUAUAUUCAUCAUAUUCAAAAUCCAGUUCCUAAAAUUCUCUAGGAAAAUUUGUCUUAGUUCAUCGAGACACCAUGAGCUUUUUGUUUCUUCCUGUAGUGAAUUGUUGGCUUUUGAUCCAUUAAGAAUUGUUUUGUUU